CGGCCCCGGUCCCGGUGCGGCCCGGCCGGCUCGCGGGGCGCCGAGCCGAGGCCCGCGGCCGGCCGCAUGAAGGACUGCGAGUACCAGCAGAUCAGCCCCGGGGCCGCCCCGCCGCCCGCCUCCCCUGGGGCGCGCCGUCCCGGCCCCGCCGCGCCCCCCGGCCCGGGCCCCGGGCCCCCGCCGCCCGCCGCCGCGCCGCGCUGGAGCAGCAGUGGCAGCGGCAGCGGGAGCCUCGGCCGCCGCCCGCAGCGCAAGUGGGAGGUGUUCCCGGGCCGCAACCGCUUCUACUGCGGCGGCCGCCUCAUGCUGGCCGGCCACGGCGGCGUCUUCGCACUCACGUUGCUGCUCAUCCUCACCACCACCGUCCUCUUCUUCGUCUUCGACUGUCCCUUCCUGGCCCGCCAGCUGACUCUCGCCAUCCCCAUCAUCGCUGCCAUCCUCUUCUUCUUCGUCAUGAGCUGCCUGCUGCAGACAAGUUUCACCGACCCUGGGAUCCUGCCCCGGGCCACCGUCUGUGAGGCAGCCGCCCUGGAGAAGCAGAUCGAUAACACAGGCAGUUCCACAUACCGGCCACCCCCUCGGACCCGGGAGGUGAUGAUCAACGGGCAGAUGGUCAAGUUGAAGUACUGUUUCACUUGCAAGAUGUUUCGACCACCCCGGACCUCACACUGCAGUGUCUGUGACAAUUGUGUGGAACGAUUUGAUCAUCACUGUCCCUGGGUGGGCAACUGUGUGGGGAGACGGAACUACCGCUUCUUCUAUGCGUUUAUUCUCUCCCUCUCGUUCCUGACGGCCUUCAUCUUCGCAUGUGUGGUCACCCACCUGACGCUGCGCUCUCAGGGAAGCAACUUCCUCUCCACUCUGAAGGAGACACCAGCAAGUGUGCUGGAGUUGGUGAUCUGCUUCUUCUCCAUCUGGUCCAUCCUGGGCCUCUCAGGGUUUCAUACUUACCUCGUUGCCUCCAACCUGACAACUAACGAAGAUAUCAAAGGCUCGUGGUCCAGCAAGAGGGGCGGUGAGGCCUCCGUCAAUCCCUACAGCCAUAAAAGUGUUAUCACCAACUGCUGUGCUGUGCUCUGCGGCCCCCUACCUCCCAGCCUGAUUGACCGAAGGGGAUUUGUGCAGGCCGACACCGUAUUGCCCUCACCCAUCAGAAGCGAUGAGCCAGCCUGUGGAGCCAAGCCCGACGCCAGCAUGGUAGGAGGCCACCCCUGAACUGGGCUCAGUACUUGCCACCUGCUGGCCUGUCCACCCCUCCGUACUCACCUGCCGCCCUCCACACCUGCCAGGACCCUCCCCAUUCCACCCAAGGGAAGCAGAGCCGCCAAAGACUCUUUCGUAUUUAUUUCCCACCCUGCGUGGCUUUCCCCACGCUUCCAUGGCUGUAUCCUCUGUUCCCCAAACCCAAGUUCCCACAGCCGUGGGCCCUAAAUCCGCACGUCCCCCACCCCCACCCCCCAGCUGAUCAGUGGCAGGAGUGACAGGAGAGAGAGAGGCCAGGGCCCCUGAGGCCAUGAGGGGACAAUGCCAAGUCUCUACCUGUGCCAAGGCAAGCCCUGUGUGAGUGAGGGUGCCGGCUGAGUGUGAUACCUCCCAGGUGGGGGAGCUGCUGGGCUCUGCUCAGCCAGGAUCCUGGGGGUGAAGCAGAGCCUAAGAGUGUUUGGCUCUGGACAGCAGGUUAUAGGAGAGGAUGCCUCCUCCGUGGGCUGCUUUGGUUUGUAGGCUCCUUCCUUCUUUUCAUGAUGAUCAUUGUUCUUUAUUCCAUUUUUGUUCUUUUUUUUUUUUUUUUUUUUUGUAUGGGGUUGGCCAAUAGGAUAGAGCUGGGGUUCCAGAUAGAAAGGUCAGAGGUGGGGGUGGUUGGGGGACAGCCUGUGUCAGAGGAAGCUAAACCAGCCAGCCAGGCACCCAAGACCUCAGCUCCUGCAUGAUUCCUGGACAGCACACUAGGAAGUGGGGGCCUUGCCCUCUCGCUACCCAUGGAGGGCUCUCUAAGGGAUCCCAGUCUGGCCCCCCACCUCUCUCCCAAGUCGGUGCUUGGGCUGGGUGGGCUAGACUCAUGCUGGCAAUACUUGAAACGGGUUUAUUAAUGCUGGGUAUUUUGCACAAUUUUAUAGACCUCUUUUCUACAUAGCAUUUUUUUUAAUGGAAGAAGAAAAUAAGUCAGCCACAUUGCUCUCUGUGUAGUGCCAGGUUAAGGAUUAUCAGAAGGCAAGUUGGUUUUAAUAAAUUUAUAAGAGAAUUAA